AUGAGCGGAAAUAAUCUCGGUUUCGACCCAUACGAAAUGUUACCGUCAGAACGUAUUGGACCAUGGGGCGGAUGGAUUGCAAGUCCAAUACAAUUACUUCUGUUUAUGUCGCGAGUCGAUGGAUUUCCUCACAGGAGCGAUUUGUUGUCUACACAGUCAAUUAAGCAAUGCUCUACACCGUCCUCACCUUCGAACAGUACAUACGGUCUCGGUUGGUCACUAAAUAUCAUGGGCUUCAACGGUUGGCAACACGACGGCCGAAUGCCUGGAAGCGCUGCGAUGCUGGUUCGACUGGACAACGGACUCGAGCUAGCAAUCACUGUAAAUAAGGAAUAUUCAGAAAGAGAUUUCUUCCAUGAACUGGGCUACGUCCUACAUCACAUUGGAAAUAAUCACGAUUGGUGGAACGAUGACAAGGACCUCUUCUAUCAUCUCCACAAUUGA